UUACCUAGUUUAGCUUCUUCUUCUUUCAUUUUUCCAUUCCAGUUUUUGUUCUUGUAUUUUAUAGCUACUGUUUCAUCCAAAUUCUAAAAGUUGCAAAUUCAUUUUGCAACAUUUUGUAUCAGAGCACUUUUCUGAGCUAUAUGGGAACAAUGACUAAUGAUAUGAAAGAAAUCAAAGACAUGUUUGAUCGGGUAACACUAGAAAUGCCGAACUUUACAUUAAGGCAAAAUCAAAACGAGGACCAGCAUGAAAAGGCUAUUGCUGGACUUACGCGAGUCCUUGAAUGCAGUUCGAAAGAAGGAUAGAGGUAAGGAGACUACUCGGAUUGAAAGAUCUAGUGAGAUCUACACACCAUUAGAUAACUCAAUGGCUUGGGCUACAUCUGUUCCUAUGGGAAAUACAUCAGGAAUUUCUUCUCCAUUGAGGUUUCAAGGUGGAACAUCAGGUAUUCCAACAUCUUGGACUACCUCUGUUUCUAUUGGGAAUCCACCCCCUCUUCCUUCACCAGAUCUAACAAUCAUCAGUUUCUGCUUGGAUUUAUUCUAUCUUGAGCAAUGUCUAAUAUAUAAGUUUUUGAUAGUUACACAUUGGUUAAAAUCAUGUCUUUUCUAGAAGAACACAACCACUAAAUAAAUUGUCUUUAUGCUGAAUUUAU